AUGUGCCCGCAGCUCUGGUUCCUGACGGACCGGCGCAUCUGCGAGGACUACCCGCAGGUGCAGAUCCUGCGCGCCCUCCAGCAGCGCUGCGCGGAGCAGGGCGUGCGCUUCCGCGCGGUGUUCAUGGACCAGAUCGCCGUCACCGUCGUCGGCGGCCACCUCGGCCUACAGCUGAACCAGAAGGCACUCACCACCUUCCCGGAUGUGGUGCUUGUCCGGGUGAACACCCCCUCGCUGCAGUCGGACAGCGACAUCACCGUCCUGCGGCACCUGGAGAAGCUGGGCUGCCGCCUCGUCAACCGCCCGCAGAGCAUCCUAAACUGCAUCAACAAGUUCUGGACCUUCCAGGAGCUGGCUGGACACGGGGUCCCCAUGCCAGACACCUUCUCCUACGGUGGGCAUGAAGACUUUUCAAAAAUGAUCGAUGAAGCCGAGCCCCUGGGCUACCCGGUGGUGGUGAAGAGCACACGAGGACACCAGGGGAAGGCUGUUUUCCUUGCAAGAGAUAAACAUCACCUCUCAGACAUCUGCCACCUCAUCCGCCAUGACGUGCCCUACCUGUUCCAGAAGUACGUGAAGGAAUCCCAUGGAAAAGACAUCCGGGUGGUGGUGGUCGGGGGCCAGGUGAUAGGCUCUAUGCUUCGCUGCUCCACAGACGGACGGAUGCAGAGCAACUGCUCCCUCGGUGGUGUGGGUGUCAUGUGCCCACUGACAGAGCAAGGCAAGCAAUUGGCUAUUCAGGUGUCCAAUAUCCUGGGCAUGGACUUCUGUGGCAUUGAUCUCCUCAUCAUGGACGAUGGCUCCUUUGUGGUGUGUGAGGCAAACGCCAACGUUGGUUUCCUCGCCUUCGACCAGGCUUGCAACUUAGACGUGGGUGCGAUCAUUGCAGACUAUGCCGUGUCCUUGCUGCCAAACAUGCAGACUGGGAAGAUGGCCGUCCUCCCAGGCCUGUCCAGUCCCAGGGAGAAGAGCGAGCCAGAUGGCUGUGCGGCAGCUCGAGGCGUUGCAGAGAGCAUCUACACCAUCAACAACGGGUCUACCUCCAGUGAGAGUGAGCCGGAACUGGGAGAGGUCCGGGGUCCCUCAGCCAGCACAACAGGGCCCCCGCCCCCUAUGCUGCCCGAGCCCAGCUACAACAUUAACAAUAGGAUUGCUUCCGAAUUAAAACUGAAGUGA